CAGCCAAUUGUAACUUGCAGCUGUUAAAAUCACGUGAAAUUGCUAUAGGUUUUAAAAUCUACCUUUGGCGGUGCGCCAAGUUUCGGCCCUUUGGCGCUUUUCGCCCUUUCGUACAACGAGCUUCUUUUUCGGAGAUCGCGUGCCAAUGGAUGGUGCUGCUUGCAGGUUUCAAAACCAAACUUUAAAGCCCCAUCUCUUCAAUUGAAUUGAAUUUAGCCUUUUUCCUUUUCCUUUUUAUUAAAUAUUGUAACGCUUUUAUUUUAACACACACUUUUAAUUACAUCUCCAAACGCAAUCAUGUCUGGCAACGACGAGUACGACUUUUUGUUCAAGAUUGUCCUUAUUGGCGAUUCGGGCGUCGGCAAAUCCAACCUUCUUUCGCGCUUCACCCGCAACGAGUUCAAUCUCGAGUCAAAGUCCACCAUUGGCGUUGAAUUCGCCACUCGAAGCAUUCAGGUCGACACAAAGACUAUCAAGGCGCAGAUUUGGGAUACAGCUGGCCAAGAGAGAUACCGUGCGAUCACCAGCGCAUACUACCGCGGUGCGGUUGGUGCUCUGCUGGUCUACGACAUCGCCAAGCACCCGACAUACGAGAACGUCACAAUAUGGUUGAAGGAGCUGCGCGACCACGCCGACAGCAACAUUGUCAUCAUGCUCGUGGGCAAUAAGUCCGAUCUGAGACACUUGCGCGCUGUGCCCACCGAUGAGGCCAAGCAGUUUGCUGCCGAGAAUGGGCUGUUCUUUAUCGAGACAUCGGCGCUGGACUCGAGCAACGUCGAGCAGUCGUUCAAGCAAAUCCUGACCGAGAUCUACCGCAUCGUGUCGAACAAGGCCAUCGAGUCGUCGCAGGACAACGUGCACCCCGGCUCUGGUGCACAAAUCAUCAUGCCAUCUGUCGACGACCAUACAAAGAACGCUGGCGGCUGCUGCUAAUUUUUAUUAAAAUAAAAUACCCUGCUAUCAGCAGUCCGUUGUGCCUGCGUCCGAUUCUUCUAUUCCUUUCUAUAUUAAAUGACCAACCCGUAGUUCAGCUUUUUCAUUUUAUAAAUUCUCUUAUUUGCACCCAUGUUUAAUGU